AUGCAGAAGCUGAGGGAUGAGGUGACACAUCUGGCUGCAGAAAUCUGCUCUAUAAAGAAGGCGAACCUGCACUCUGGAAAGAGGGCUGGGCAGGAAAAGGCCACCAGCUGGCCCAGGAAGCGCCUGGUGCAGGGGGCCCCGCUCGUCCCAGCCUACACACCCCUCCCUUGCCAGGGGCUGCGGCCUGAUGCUUCCCCAGGGUACUGCUGGAAAAUGCAACAGUCUCAGAGCAAAGUGCUAAUCCGACUGCCCACAGAAGUACAACCAACGGCCAUCACCUUACAGUACUGCUCAAAGACAGCCACUCCACUGGUGACUGUCAGUAGUGCACCCAAGGAUUUCACUGUCUCUGGACUGGAUGAGGAAGGCCAGGGCGAAACUCUGCUGGGGUCUUUCCUCUACAGCGUGCAGAAAGAGCCAACUCAGACCUUCCCUCUGCAGAAUGGCAUCCCCAGAGCCUUUCGACUUCUGAAACUCACCAUACAGAACAACUGGGGUAAACCAACAUACACCAGCAUUUAUCGAGUGCAGGUGCAUGGGAAGAUGGUGGAGACAAAUGUGGUCGGAAAGACUGAUGUGGAGACCUUCCCUCAGUAA